AUGUUUCUGGACUGGUGGCGCAAAGUUCGACGAAAUAUGCCCACGGACCACGUGAGUCGUCCUGAAGCCGAAAAGGUCAACAAGAUUGCUCAAUCUUCCCUUCCCCUGUGGUUGAUCAUUUUGAUGCGCACGGCUACCACAUCUUGCUUUCUUGCUCUUAUUUGUGGACCAGUAUUGAACAAAUUCGAGAACCAGUUAUGUCUGGUACGGGAGACUCGAAAGCAGUCCAUCGCGGACCGAGCAUUUGCGUUAUUCCUGACUCCUAAAUCGUUGCGUCCAAUUAUGUUUUCACUCUGCCCCCAGUUCUCUCAUUAUGCAACCAUAUGCGUAUUACCGGACACUGGUAUUUUCGCCUUCAGCUUGCUUCUCUUCGUGCUUCAACUGUUCUUCAUCAUCACGCGUGUCUAUGACAAGCCAAAAUCUUCCCACAAACUCUCACGAGCACAUUUUGAAGUUUCCGUUUUAUUGAUGGAUGCAAUUGUUUCGUUGUUUGCUCUCGGCACACUCGUUCCAGUCAUUCCAAAUGUUCUCGCCCAUGCCGGUUUAUCUCACCCAAUGUACCAUGGCCGCGCUCCGCCGAUUUAUCUUAUUCUGCUAGUCCUUGGUUUGCUUCUUGCUGCUAGCGCCAUGGCAGGUUUGAAAGUUUGGUUGAGCUCCUGUUCGAAUGAUUGGCGAGGGCAGCGUCGAGCUCUUGUUCAAGCCUGGCCCGAUUGCAACGGUUCUUAUAUUUCGCGCACUUCUCUGAGUGGUUGUGCUACCAGUAUAUCCGGCCAGCUCUCUCCAAAAUCCACCGGAUGUCGGUCAUCUUCACCAUUUUCUGAACUCUCAGAUUUAUCCAGAAAAGCGACACAGACCGCAGUUUCCGAAACCGGUUCUUCACCGUCGAGACCUGUCUUUCGUCCAUCUGUGCUCACAUGGCCACCCGAGUCAAGAAACACACCAUGGACUCCAUCAUUCACGACUGAACCCCGUCUAUCGAGUAAAAUUGCUUCGGAUGCAUCCGGUAGUGAUGACGACAGCCUUAUUACUAGUGUGAGCCAGCUUCGUGCAAGCCCAUCUCGCAGUGCUACUCGUUCCGCCUCAACCGGGGCACGCAAAACACGUUCUGGGCAUCGGCGUCAUCGUCGUCACCGCAAACGUGCGGGUUUGCUGCGUUUUUGUUUAUCGUUUCUCUUCGGUCGAUUGGAUACGUGGAAGGAUGUUCUAGAUGAGUUGACUUGUCUAUUGAACGCACUGCUAAUCGGUGUAAUCAUUUAUGGUAUUUUUCGUGUGCUUUUGAUGGUCAAAGACUCAUUUUGA